UCUGACAAGGCUGAGAAAUGAUGUGUGGUGGUGCGCGCACACCAACUCAUUCGAUUUUUUCCGGCUGAUUCGAGUUUAGAAUUCAGAGCUAAAUUGAAAAUAGCUGUUGAGAGAAAGAAUGUCAUUCAACCCAACUGGAAAAUACACAACAGAGGAGACUCCUCUUUCCGAUCAUCCUCAACGAAAUAACAGUAAGCUUUUCCUUUUCUCUUCGUGUGCUCUGCACGUUUCUGAAUAGAAAUCUACACCUGUAUCCUCCUAUAGAAACAGACACAUGUUGUUGUCUCUCGGGGUGGUUGUAUGGUGCUGGGGAUUGUUGAGCCGGAGACCGAUGCUGCUCCGCCGCCAGGGCAUGUCCAAAGGCCGCUGUUGCGUUUUGUUCAGUGACCUGAAGGUUUUCUUACUCAGACCGCCGGUCCCGGCUCCGCCACCGGUGAUCAUCCCCAUGAACGGACAAUACACGGACAGCAAUGGGUCCGGCAUCGGCAUUGAUGUUGCCAUCGACAACAGCAACUCUGCAGCGAGUGCACCUUCACCAGAGGCGGAAGGUUAUGCUACACCUGGCCAGCCGACAGGAGAGCCUCCUUCUGCCGGGACAAACGAGCCUAAAGCGACAGAGGAAUGGCAGCAUGCUACGGGACAGACUGGACCCCUGGACUAUGGCAGCUCCGAGGAGGACUGCUCCAAAGAGAAGUGUGAGGAGAGAUUCUCCCAGAACAGUCGCACAGACAGUGGUGUUAGGACUCCCCAGUGCAGGAUAUGUUUCCAAGGUCCAGAACAGGGGGAGCUGCUGAGCCCGUGUCGCUGCAGUGGUUCUGUCCGCUGCACCCAUGAGCCCUGCCUCAUCAAGUGGAUCAGUGAGAGGGGCUCCUGGAGCUGUGAGCUCUGCUACUACAAGUACCACGUGGUAGCCAUCAGCACCAAUAACCCGCUCCAGUGGCAGGCCAUCUCUCUGACAGUGAUAGAGAAGGUCCAGAUAGCAGCGGCCGUGCUGGGCAGCCUGUUCCUCAUGUCCUCCAUCUCCUGGCUGGUGUGGUCGUCCCUCAGCCCCUCGGCCAAGUGGCAGCGCCAGGACCUGCUCUUCCAGAUCUGCUACGCCAUGUACGGAUUCAUGGACCUCGUCUGCAUCGCGCUGAUCGUCCAUGAAGGCCCCUCAGUGUUCAGGAUCUUUAACCGCUGGCAGGCAGUGAACCAGCAGUGGAAGGUGCUCAACUACGACAAGAUCAGAGACACUGAGGACCACCAGAGAUCCAGGCUCACGCCCAGGCACCUGGCCCUGCCCAACCCCAGGACGAGUGCUCCUCCCGGGGCAGAGCCGGAUGACAUGGUCUCCCCCUCCACCUCCUCCCUCAUGGCCGCGGUGGCCGCCACCGCGCCUGGCUACACCGUGACCACAGCCGCAACCGCCAGCCUGACGACGGUGACGACGCAGGACUCAAUGUCGGAGCAGGGGCCACCAUCCCUGCCAGACCACCACUGUGCGUACAACAUCCUCCACCUGCUCACCCAGCACCUCUGGACAACGCAGCAGGAGCCCCGCCCCACUCAAGUCCAUCCUCAGCCUCCGCAGCCCAGCAACAGCAGCCGGGAGCUGGUCAUGAGAGUCACUACGGUCUGAGGCUUCAACUGAGGCCUAACUUUGUUAUGUUACAACAACGAGAGAGACCCACAUAAGAGAGAGAGGGGUGUGUGGCCUCGUUUUGGGAGUUUGAAUGAAGGACUGGGAGACGUUGCUGCUGCUUCACAAAGAUUUACAUGACGUUACUCAAUGCUGCCUGGGACAGAAAUAUGAAGGAGUGAGGGUUAGAGUGUGGGUGAGGGUUAGAG